AUGAGCACAAGCUUACAUUCCGAUGCUGUAGGUGACUCCAAGAAGGGCGCCAACCUCUUCAAGACACGAUGCGCUCAGUGCCACAGCGUAGUUCAAUCUGAGGGCAACAAGAUCGGUCCCAACCUACACGGCCUCUUCGGCCGCAAGACUGGUUCCGUAGACGGCUUCUCGUACACAGAUGCAAAUAAGCAAAAGGGCAUCACGUGGGACGAGGGAACACUGUUUGAAUACCUGGAAAACCCCAAGAAAUACAUCCCUGGAACCAAGAUGGCCUUUGGCGGUCUCAAGAAGGGCAAGGACAGGAAUGAUUUGAUCACCUAUUUGCGAGAGGAGACCAAGUAA